UCCGUGUAGAUGAAUGUGCAGAUGGAAGUAACAACUGCAGCCCCCAAGCCACCUGCUCGGACACACCCGAAAGCUUCACAUGCACUUGUAAUCCUGGGUACAUUGGCAACGGUGUCACCUGUACGGCUUGCUCCGCUCUCUACCCUGGACUCAACCCUUCCCACAACUUCGGCGUGUAUCAGAACCAGUGCUUCUGGUCCGGGUCCUUCCGCACUCCUCGGCUGAACUACAUGGCGGCCAAACAAGCCUGCCAGGAUGAGGGCGGCACUCUGGCCAUGAUUAAGGACGAAGCAACCCAAACCUUCCUGCGUGCCCAUCUGAGGAGCACUAGCGGCCAUAGACAGAGGUAAUUACAUUAUGGAACACACAAACUAGCAUAAAGAUGCACACUGAUGGCACCUGGUAUACCUGCAGGUUUUUCAUUGAUGUUAUAAUCAUAACGUAUAAUUUGAAUCCCCCGACCACCGUACUGGCGGGUAAUUGGAUCAAACAGUGGCACCUUCAUGUGGUUUACAGGCGUACGCUGUUAUCCAAGGUGGCGCAGAUGACGUCAAAUGAAAGCCUAGUAGUGUAUAAUCAUCUGUUUUCCCCUCACUUCUUCAAUUUGGUGAAGUGAAAAUUUGGGCAAAUAAAUGCACAGCUCCACUUACUACUGAGCUGCACAAUCAUACAUUUAAAUUAAAGGCAGACAAAAACACCCACAUGAAACAAUACACACAAGCAAACACACUCACUCAUAAACAGUCAUACAUAGGCACAGGCACACACAC